GAGUACAAGAUACAGCGGAGAGCGCUGCGGAAGGAGGAUUUCAUUAAUUACAUUCAGUAUGAAAUUAAUCUUCUGGAACUGAUCAAGAAAAGAAGAGCACGCAUUGGCUAUUCGUUUAAGAAGGAUGAAAUUGAGUACUCUAUUCUGCAUAGAGUCCAUAGCCUCUUCAACCGUGCUACCGGAAAAUGGAAGGAUGAUGUCCAGCUUUGGCUUUCACAUGUUGCAUUUUGCAAGCAGUGGAAUGCAAAACAUCAGCUUAGUAAGGUAUUUUCUACCAUGUUGGCCAUUCAUCCCAAUAAACCAGAACUGUGGAUUAUGGCAGCAAAAUGGGAAAUGGAGACACAACUCUCGUCAGAAAGUGCUAGGCACUUGUUCCUUCGUGCAUUGCGCUUCCAUCCAGAAUGCCCAAAACUUUAUCAAGAAUAUUUCAGAAUGGAGCUGAUGCAUGCUGAAAAACAAAGGAAGGAAAAGAAAGAAUUUGAACAAGCAAAGAUGGACUUGGGGGAAUUCAAUUAUUCUGAAGAGAUUCUCAAUGGUGAAAUGGCCCGCAUAAUCUACAGGGAUGCUGCUCAGAAAAUUAAAGGUGUUGAGUUCCAUCUGGCUGUGCUUGCUAUUGCAAAGCUCUUUGAUUUUACCCAAGAUUUGCAAAAAGAAAUUCUUGAAAGUUUGCAGACCAAGUACGCAGAUAAUCCUCUUACAUGGGACUACAUGGCCCGUCGUGAGCUGGAGCUGGGGUCCCUGCAGUCCACAGAACACACCACAAAACAGAUGAAAGUCUCUGAAAUGACCCAAAGAGAGGAACGGUGCUGUGCAGUCUUUGAAGAGUCUGUGCGAGCAGUCCCGACAGAGGACAUGUGGAAAUGCUACAUCACUUUUUGCUUAGAGAGAUAUAACAGGAAGACCAACAGUGAAGAAUUAAAGCAAAAGAGGCUGGAGAGGACGUUGAGUGUGUUCAACAAAGCCCAUGAGUCCAGUUUGCUGCCAGAAGCUCUCUAUAAGCAGUGGCUUCAACUAUUACUGGAGUCCAGCCUCUUUGAGAAGGCUACAGAGGUGGCAGAAGCUGCAACUGAGCGCUUCAGCCUGUCAGUGGAAAUGUGGCAGAUGAGGCUGCAGGUGCUGAUCCAACUGAAGAGUGAUGGUGUGGCCCAGUGUUUUGAAGAAGCCAUUAAGCACGUGAAAUCUAAGGACACUUUGCCAUUGUGGACCCUCUGGGUGGAAUGGAGUGAAGGCACAAACAGCAAGGAAGACACAGAAGCUCUCUACCAGAGAUCCUUAAGUUCCACAACUCCUGUGACUAUGAAAGAAAAGUAUCUUGACUGGACUUACAGAAAUGGUGGUUAUAAGAAAGUUAAAAGAGUCUUUACCAGCCUGUGUGAAAAUCGUCCGUUUUCACUUGACUUCUUCAGGAAGAUGAUCCAAAUAGAAAAGAAGCAAGAAUCCUGCAAAAUGCUUCAUCUGAGAGAAUACUAUGAACGUGCCUUGAGAGAGUUUGGUUCAACAGAUUCUGAUCUCUGGCUGGAUUAUAUCAAAGAGGAGCUAAGUCAUCCCCAAGGCAAACCAGAAAACUGUGGGAGCAUUCACUGGCGAGCUAUGAAGAUGUUGCAGGGAGACCUGGUGGAAGACUUUGUUUCCAAAUACACUUUACUGCAAACUGGACAUUUAUGAAAAACUCUAAAUAGUUACAAAAUGCUUCUGGAUUUUUU